UCCCCAAGGGCUGCGUGAGUCCAAAACCCGCGUUUUAUUCGUCCGCAUGAUCACUACUUUAGGAAUCCGGGGGUCAUCACGGCAGUCAAUAUCGAAAUUUUGACACGAUGGCAGGACGAAUGAUAUUGCAAGCAUUCAAUGACUAUCAAACCGCUCGUUUGAACUUCGUAAAAACGAUGUCAGACCUGGCAUCAAGACCUGAAAAUAUAAAUGCCCUGGAGGUUGCUGGUGUUCUGGAUCUCUUGGAGCCCCUUCUCUCUGACAAAAAAGCAUCAGUCCAGCAAUAUGCAGUAGUAGCCCUGGGUAGACUAGUCAAUUUCAAUGGUCGAUUGGCUGAGGAGGUGAUGCACCGGAAUAUGAUAGCAGAAUUAAUAAAAAGGGUCGAUAAACAAAAUAAAUUCAUGAAGAAAGGGAUUAUGUUUGUUCUUCGAGCGAUUUCGAAACACUCGGUAGGAAUGGCAAAGGCAGUUGUGGACUCCGGGGGGUUGGGGACCAUUAUUGUUUGUCUGGAUGACUUUGAUGCUGGGGUGAAGGAGGCAGCUGCAUGGGCAACUGGAUAUAUUGCUCGGCAUGACAAAAAUCUGGCUGAAACGGUGACUGAUGCUGGGGCUAUUCCACUGCUGGUCCUCUGCCUUCAGGAGUCUGACCUCUGUCUGAAACAGAUCAGUGCAUCUGCCCUCUGCGACAUCAGCAAGCACUCGCAGACACUUGCUCAAUCAGUUGCUGAGGCAGGGGCUCUGUCGUUCCUCGCUAGAUCAAUUCAAAAUUCAGAUGCGAAAGUGAAGAGACAAGUGCUCCACGCACUCGCUAAUGUCGCAAAACAUUCAACUGAUCUCGCUGAGGCUGUUGUGGAGACAGACAUUUUCCCACAGGUUCUGGUAGAGUUGGGACACAGCGACGAGAAUGUCGGAAGAGCAGCUGCUAUUCUUGUGCGAGAGAUCAUCAAACACAGUCAAGAACUCUCUCAACUGGUCGUAAAUACCGGUGGCAUAGAUGCCCUAAUUCAGUUCAUAAAAACUACAAAAUCCACGACAAGACUCCCUGGGAUCAUCGCCCUGGGCUUCAUCGCCGGUCACUCGGCCCAGAGCGCUAUCAUGAUCAUAAGUUCGAAUGGAGUAUUUCCGUUAUCGUCCAUCCUCAAUGAAGAGAACGACAGCCAUACGAUCUCCACUGCAAUCUGGGCACUGGGCCAGAUAGGAAAACACAGUCAGGAGCAUGCCCAGGCGGUUGCUGCAGCGAACAUCUUCCCGAAACUCCUUCAGCUCUACAGAUGCAACGACAGUUCCGAGGAUUUAAAACUCAAGAUAAAAUUCACACUGAAGAAUAUUUUGAAUCAGUGCUCGGAUAUAGAGGUCCUGGAGCCUUUCCUGCUGGUGACACAUCCAGAAAUCCUUAAAUAUACCCUGGAACAGCUGAGUAAGAUUCUCCCGCAAGACCCCAAGGCCCGGAGACAAUUUGUCUCCAUGGGGGGUCUCCGGAAGAUCCAGGAGAUUCAGCUGGACCCAGGUUCGACCCUCUCCCAGUACCAAACCAUCAUAACCUCCUGCUUCCCCGACGAGAUUGUCAGGUAUUUCUCCCCUGGAUACCCCGAGACGAUUUUGGCGAUUGUUGACACAUACAAACCAAAAAUACCACCGAAUAUUGGGGACACUAAUCGCCUGAGGUCGUCGGAAAAAUCCAUCGGUUCUAUGAUGUCACUGAACAGUGUUAGUGAAAAAUAUUAA